CCCACCAGUGCGUAUUGGCUGAUGGAUCGGUCAGCCGCCACCCUCCGCCUCAGCUGCGCCACCCUCACCUGCCCAAGGCACAGAUACACACACACACACAGACACAUGAUUGUGAUGGAGGUCGACGUGGGGGCCUCUGUGGUGUGUGUGGCUGUGUGACUCCCAUCAUCGUCACUCCCAUCAUUACCGCCCUCAUCGCUGGCGUCAUUCAUAUCGUCACUCACAUCAUCGCCGCUGCCGUCGUCGGCAUCUGCACACACCCAGACCAUCGUCCGACUCUAUUUCACACACACACACAGAGAGGGCACGUCAUCCGUCAAUCCACCGAUGAAUGUUUGAAUGUGUCCCUCUCUGUAUCUGUACCAUUGUCAUCGUCAUCUUCAUCUUGCUGUUGCUGCUGUUGCUGUUGCUGCUGCUGUUGCUGCUGUUGUUGUUGCUGCUGCUGUUGCUGCUGCUGCUGUGGCACUUGUCCGUCGAAUACGAAUGGCGCCGCCGCCCCCAACACCGCGCGAGCCAGCUGAGUGGUCAACGGGAAGCGGUGCUUGAACAAACCGCCCUCACACACAGCCGCCUCAGUGGUCUGGACAUACACAAUCCCCGCACACAAGGGGAAGAAAAACACCGAUGACAAUAAUAACAUUUGACCAGCGGCGACUCGGUGAGCAGAUCGUCCAGACGGCCGCCACCGACAUCCCUGAACAGACAGACACCACCACCGUGGCCCACCCCAGUUAUGCCCUUGUUGUGUCACCUGUUGAGUAUAGUCAAUAUAUACAUAUAUGUGUCAGUGGUCUGGUGAGUUCUGAUGAAGUGGUCGAGGGUCUUGUAAUUGACAAACGACGACACUGACGCAUUGGUGAACGGGCCACCGCUCGACACCCAUCGGCCACGGACGGUCGAGUAGAAGAUGCGGCUGCGCACUGGUAGGUCGUGUGGCUGUCUGUGUUGCUCAUACAGAUGGCCGGCAGGGAGGGGCGGGUCGACCUCCAACUCAAAGCCGGGCUCGUCGAUGAUGGCCCGCACGUCCUCAUUGCCGUGCUGGAACAGCUGCAUGCAGGUGCCAUCACUGAAGUGGACGUGGCGGCCGACCAUCUUGAGCUGCGCCAACACACGGGGAGCCGACACAUACGCCUACACACACAUGACCACAUACAGACACACACCACAGACAGAGAGAAUGAGGCCCUCCCCGCCCGUCUGUUUGCCGGCUCACCGUUAUGUUUGCGUGUGUGUUGAUGUCAGCCCCACCGAGGGUCACAGGCAGCUCACAGUUGCCGCACUGCCCUGCCAGCUCAAUCACCUCGGCCAUCUCGCCCCAGCCCCCCUCCUCGCCCCAGCCCCCCUCCUCCACCACACACACAGCCGCCAGCAGAUCAUGUGUGCCGAACUGGUCGUCGUCGAACCGCAGCAGCUGCACUUGCUGCCCAUUCACCGCCCGCCGCAGCCCCGCCUGUGAGCCCAGCGAGUGGCUGAGCCGAUCCCUCAGCUGGGCCGCUCCGAAGAGCUCUCUGAGCCACGUGCAGGCGGCCCUCAGCCGCACGACGUCCUUGAUGCUGAGGAGGUAGCGGCUCCUCCGGCCCACACACAGGUAUGACACGAGGUGCUGCUGCUGCUCGUGGUGCUGCAUGGGAUGGAUGGGCCAAGACGGUCAGAUGAGUGAGGCGCUCGACAAGAGAGAGGCUGCACAGUGCGACAGAGCCGACAAAGGAUUGUGUCCAUUAAGCACGCUGCUCACAGAUCUGUGUGCUGCUCACCUCGUUCGAUGCUCGGACGGACAGAUCAGAGAAAGGUCAAUGAGCUAAGACCACCAGCACCAGCAGCGGCAGCGGCAGAUGAGGAGGCCGCCAUCGCUCCUCAGCCACGCUGCACCGAUGGGCGACAGACACAGAGAGAGAGAGGCACACAGACAGACAGACAGAAAGGCCAACGCAUUCAUUGAGGUGAGUGCAUGAGCGUCACUCAGUCAGUGAGUCAGUGAAUCAGUGAGUGUUGGGCCUCCCUCCCCUCUGUUUGUGUGUCAGCUCAAUGGCCUGCCACCCCACAGCAGCAGUCGAGAGGACGACUGACUCAAGGGACUCUUUUCGCCCUCUUGUCAGCCGAUUGCCUAACUCUCGCAACGCACAGCUGUCCGACAAGGCCACAAACGCCGCACUUUGGCAAAUCG